UGACUUCAAAUAUGGGGAUGGGGAAUGUACUUCUCCUAUCACAAGUUAUUGCGUUUUUAGUGUCAUUUCUUGGUUCUUUUUUUAUUUUUAUUCCGGUGUCAAUAAACUUGCAGGAAUUUGAUGGAAAUUGUUUACUUGGAGCAAAGGGGACUUGGAACUACAGUUCAGAUGUAAAGAGUGUGAUUCUUAUGAACAUCGAAUGGGGUCUCUACAGUGACUGUGGAUUUUCUGUAUUCGUUGGCGUUAUUAUUAUGAUAAUCUCAGUGUUUUACAUCAUAUGGCAAUCAGUUUAUUUGUUCAAAAACACUGACAGUUCCUGGUUGGAUGCCUUUGUGACCUGUAUUGUGUGUAUCACUGUGUGCCUGCUGCUGUUUAUCUGUGCCCUGGUUCUCAGUGUGGGCUACAAUACAUGGUGCCACACCUUAACAGGAAGAAAAUCUCCUUAUCUAAAAUGUGAAGAUACAGAGAUGAAUGUAUUUAUCACCGAUUCAAACAUUUACACAAAGAAUAUGUUUGCAGAAUUCAACAUGGCACAG